AUGGGAAACUUUGGGUUAAUUGAUCUCGAAACACCGAAGGAAGCCCUCAUAAAAAAGUCGAUGAAGGAUGGCUCGGAUAUGAUCCUUGUUUUCUCUGACGAAUUCAAUGAAGAGGGCAGGACGUUUUAUCCGGGAGAUGACCCUUACUGGGAAGCUGAAGACUUACAUUAUUGGGCCACCAAUAAUCUAGAGUGGUACGACCCCGAGGCAAUUACUACUUCAGGAGGAGCGCUUGUUAUAACCUUCUCAGAGAAGGAAACUCAUGAUCUAGGCUAUCAAGGAGGCAAGUUGUCAAUUUGGAAUAAAUUUUGCUUUACCGGCGGAUACAUUGAAACUGCAGUUCAAUUACCAGGAAGAAACAAUGUAGUAGGCAUGUGGCCUGCAGUUUGGACAAUGGGUAACCUUGGGCGAGCUGGAUAUGGCGCAAGCCUCGAAGGAAUGUGGCCUUAUACGUACGAUUCUUGCGACGUCGGUACUGCCCCUAAUCAAACUUUCAAUGGAGGGCCUCUACCAGCGUUGGUGGAUGGAGAUCAUGCUUAUGGCGGUGCUCUGUCUUACCUUCCUGGACAAAGACUUUCGAGGUGUACAUGUGAUGGCGAGAGUCAUCCUGGGCCAAAACACGAAGAUGGUACAUACGUCGGAAGAUCAGCACCUGAAAUCGAUGUUCUUGAAGCACAGGUUGGUGGUACACCACCUACUGGCGAAGUCUCUCAGUCUGCUCAGUGGGCGUACAUCUCCUGGGUGUCUAAUGGCACUAUGUCGUGGACGUUAAAUGCCCCUGGACUCGGACCAGAUCCAUCUGUUGAGAUAUCUGCUCGUCCCGUUCCGCAAGAACCAAUGUACAUUAUCGUCAACCUGGGCAUGUCAAAAAAUUUUGGAUCCAUUGACUUUGAACACCUCACAUUCCCUACUUCUAUGCGGAUAGACUAUAUUCGCGUAUAUCAGGAUAUGCACCGCGUCAACAUCGGCUGCGAUCCUACAGAUUUUCCGACAGCAGAUUAUAUCAAUACUUACAUUGAAGCCUACACUAAUCCCAACUUGACGACUUGGAGAGGAGAUUAUGGCAAACCGUUUCCUAAGAACUCCUUCAUCGAAUCUUGUUAG